UCCCAGCGCUGGUUGGAGUUUCUGUGCAACAGAGUGUUUCAUCCAGCAGUCAGUAAACCACAGAGUGCAGCAACUCACCACACAUGAAGAGACGAGCUGAAGUGUUUUUUUGUUUUUUCUUCUUCUCGUGUGACUCAUGAAGGACGGAAAGACGACACGGUUCAGCGUUUCCUGCCUGCUCUGUGAUCAGCCGGAGGACAGGACAUGGAUUAUUGGUUCGCUUGGAUUAUUGGCUCGCUUUGGGAUUUAGUUUGAGACGCAGCGCGCGCCUCCCUCCUGACGCGUCAGCGUCGUCCCCCCCAGAACAGGUGGAUCCUGUUUCCCCUCCAUCCCUAUGGGGAACCAGGUGGAGAGGCUGACGCGUUUAAGUUACGCCGAGGUGCCGACGUCGGACCCGAACGGCUUCGACCCGGACGGCGACGGAGCGGCGCGCAUCGGCGUCUCCUACAUCUUCUCCAACGACGACGACCAGGACGACCCGGACGAGCACUUCGACCACUUCCCGCCGGACAGCAGCAGCCAGCCGGCGAACCACGAGGAGAAGCCCUUCGACCCGGAGGACGAGCCGGAGUGCGUCGUCUACUACCGGGACGAGUGCGUGUACGAGAGGAGCGGCCGAGCCUCGACCCUGUCCCCGGAGAGCCUGCUGGCCAAGUGCAGACCGGGAGACCUGCUGGAGUUCGUGGCCACGGGGCAGUACCCCCACUGGGCCGUUUACGUCGGAGACUUCCAGGUGGUCCACCUGCACCGGGCCGAGGUCAAGAACAACUUCCUGACCGACGUGAGUCAGGGCAAACGCGGCCGGAUCGUGAACGAGCUGUACCGGCACUACAGAGCGCUGCCGCCCGACGUGGUGGUGCGCAACGCGCUGGAGCAGGUGGGCUCGGCGGACCGGGACCUGUGCUGGAGGAACUCGGAGUGCUUCGCCGCCUGGUGCCGCUUCGGCCGGCGCGAGUUCAAAAUCGGCGGGGAGAUCCGGAUCGGGAAGCAGCCGUACAAGUUAAAACUGGUCUUCUCCGAGAAGAAGAGCCACGUCCUGGAGUUCCAGUGCCUGGAGGACGUGAUCAUGGAGAAGAGGAGGAACGACCAGAUCGGCAAAGUUGCUGUGAUGCAGGAGCUGGACAACCAUCUGAACAGCACUCAGGACAUCAAGGAGGCGCAUUUUCUGAAGUGAUGGUCGAGGUUCACAGGUGUUCACUGCAAAGUCUGAAAUAAAUAUUAAAAGUGUAGUUUGAAGAGUUUGCUACUGACAAGUGGGCUUUCUGCAGAACUGUUUUUAUAGGGGAUUAUCUUUUCCACUAACUUUGAAAAGAAUGUUAGCGGACCUGUUAGUUUCAGCUGAAUGAAGUUUUGUCAAGUUUGUGUCAGAGUCUGAGACAAAGACCAGACUGAGUGACUUUUAGCUUCCACUAAUUUUUACUUUAGUUAGUGAAGCUUUUUUUUAAGUUAGCAGGUUAUGAGUGAGCGAAGUUAACUGUUUAGCCUACUGAUAUGCAAUUCUGAAAUGUGGGUCUGCACUCAACACAAACACUUUAUCCUUUACUUUACAAAUUUAAGCAGAAACAUACCAAUAGUCAAAAUCCUCUGACAAUUUGAACUCAGCAGCCAUCAUUGUUGACCUGUUUUUAGUUGCUUCGGCUGUUUUUUUUUUUAAAAUAUAUAAAACCUCACAGCACUAAUCUGAUAUGAGAUUUAAAAAAAAUGGUGCUUUGUUUCUUUGCAACUUGCUUUAAAUGGGGUUUGUUAUGCAAAAUUGACUUUUUAUGUUUAGCUUUUAUGUCAUUCCCUCAAACAUGCCCAGGGUGUUGCUUGGACUCAUUCAUGCAUGUUUGUAGCCAUGCGGAGCGGCCUAAACACUUGCUGCUACAAAGCGCCGCCUAUUUACCCAAAGCUCCGCCCUGGAGCUCAGUCUGCAGCAAACAGGGCACCCGUCCCCUAAAGCAUUGUUGUGAGGUGCUGAAGUGGGAGUGUCUGAAACGGUAGGAAGGAGACCAAUUUCUAGGUGUUUAGACAGCCUAAGAUGCAAAGUCAAAUUUAUUUUUGAUAUAAACAGCUUUUCAUAACUGACGGUGAGGUUGGCUGCAUUGA